CACACACAAAUCCCUCAAUUCCCUCCUCUCCCCUCCGAAACCCUCCAACCAAACAGGGCCUCAGAAAAUAUGAUUUUAUAUGCGAAAUCGUUUUGAAGAGAUUCAAGAGAAGUGAAAAAGUACAAACUUGUGGGAUUUAAAUCUUAUGUCUUGUCAAGUUUUUCUCUCUCUAGGGUUAUCGGCCGAUAACCCUUAGCCUUGUUUUGUCCGCCUUCGUGUUUAUCGAAGGGCGAGAUUGAUUGGUGGAGUUGGGCGGUGCUGUUGGAGGUCGGGACAGUAGCGCGAUUAGGAUUGGAGGAGAGGGCGGUGGUCUUGAAUAUUUAUUUGGGCCAUUCGGAAGCUAGGGAAGGCACGACGAAACCGAGAGAACGGUUUCGUGUUGGUGGUUGCUGUUAUCACGACUCACAGUAGAAGGGAUAUCGGCGGGGGAAUUAGGAAGGUAGAUGGAAAUUUUAGUUGAUCGUUACAAGCAGAUGGUGAUUGGUGAUGAUGAAGAAGAGCUAAACCUCGAUGAAUGAGAGGUUGAAGAAGGCUCGAUAGAGGCGGCGGCGACGAGUUUCCCAGUGAUCGGCCAAGUACUGACAGACCGCAAAGUCAAAUUCCCGGAUCUCAAAGAAACGAUGCUUACACUUUGGAGGUCGGGGAAAGGUAUGUCAGUGAAAGAAAUUGGCGAUAAAAGGUAUAUGUUUUCGUUUAACCAUCAUUUUGAUAUGAAGCGUGUGCUUGAUAUGAAGGAGGUCCUUGGCAGUUUGAGCGUAGUCUAUUAAUGUUAAAAGAGGUUUUGCCUGAUGAUAUUCCACACGAAAUUAUUUUAAAUGAGACUGAAUUUUGGGUUCAGAUUCAUAAUGUCCCCUACAGUCUUGUUAAUUUAGGCACUGCCAGACGUGUUGGAAAUUUCAUAGGGGGAUUUAUUAAAUAUGAUGAUAACCAGAAAAGUGAUAGAUUAGAGCCAUAUAUGAGAGUUAGGGUUCUUAUGAAGAUGGAUAAAUCGCUCAAGAAGGGGACAAAUCUGAAAAAAUAUGGUAAAAGUUUUUGGGUAGAUUUUAAAUAUGAAGGAUUACCCAACUUUUGCUUUAUCUGUGGUUUAAUUGGACAUUCAGAUAAUUUCUGUCCCUUAAAUUAUGAGGAAGGAUUAGUUUUAGAAAAAAAAAUGGAACCCAGCUUAGAGCAGGUAGCGGGGUGAAGACAAGCCCAACAGGAGGGCUCUUGGGGGGUUCAUCGAGCUCUGGCAGAACGGGUGGGGGUCUAAGGGCAUCCAAAUCAGAAGGAAAGAUGGCAGAAAAGGAGAAUGUGAUAAUGAUUGAAUCAGCCCAAAGUUUUACACAAGGAGGGGAGGAGCUUAAAGAAGAGGUUUCUAAGAGGAGGAAGAUCUAGGAGACCCAGACAGAGAAGGGGCAAGUGGAGGACACCAUGGCUAUGGAUGGGGCAAAAAAUGGGGAGGAGGGGGGCUUUGCUUCUUAAGUCCGCCGAAGAUGCUGGUUGGAGGCUGCAAAUCAGAGGGAUGGUUCAAGUUUUCUGGCUGCGACAGGAGUGUUUUUUAUUUCGUUUUAUUUGCUACUUUAGCAAUUGUUGCUUUUUUUUUGUGUUUGUUUUUUCGUUUAUCUCCCCGUUUGUAAGACGUUGACUUUGGAUAUGGGAGAUAAGAGGAAUAACGUAACCGUUUUUGGCUUUUUGUAUAUCAUUUAUGGAUCAGCGAAUUAUAUUGCUACGGCUGUCAAAUUUAUUUUUGUCAUUUGACCCAUACUCUGGAUUAUAUGUUAUCAAUAUAAGCCAAAUUCUUCCAAAAAA